AAGAGAGGAUAAAAGUGAACCGCAGAGCAGCCAUCGAUCUCAGCGAAUGUCUGUGUUCGCGUACUUCCACGAGGAAAGCAAGCAGUAGCACAGCACGCCUCUCUGAAGACGGGUGAACUACAAGUCGUGCAUCUACAUCGUUUUUAACAGUGGCUGCUGAGAUGGCGGUCGCCGUGAAGGCCUUGCUGGCCUCGCUGUUGCUGGACGCCGCGCUGGCCUCGCUCUUGGGCAUUGACUCCAUCAUCCCAGCGGUCCCGGCGGUCCCAACGGUGGGCCCCGAGUGGAUCGUUGACUUGGCCAAGGCGCCUCUCACUGGCCUUAAAGCAGCGGUGUCCAGGGACUUCGACCCCCUGAUGGACCUGGAUCCGGUGGAGCUCUCGCGGUAUUGGGGCUACGACGCGGAGCUGCAUCACGUGACCACGGACGAUGGCUACAUCCUGGGCAUCCAUCGCGUCAGGAACGCCACGGUUGCUAGUGAGGCCUCGGGUGCGACGCAACCCGUCGUCGUCAUGGGGCACCCUCUGCUGUCCAGCUCAGCCGAGUAUCUCGUCCUCGGCCCCGGCAAGGCGCUAGCGUACCUGCUGGCCGAUGAGGGCUUCGACGUGUGGCUGCUGAACGUGCGCGGGAACACCUACUCGCUGAACCACACGACGCUCAGCACCAAGGAGGCCGCCUUCUGGGACUUUUCGUUCCACGAGCACGGCACGCAGGACCUGCCGGCGCUGAUCCAGUACGCGAUGCAAGAGACGGGCCAGCAGGAGGUGCAGUACGUGGGCUUCUCCAUGGGCACCACCACCAUGUUCGUCAUGGGCGCUGAACGCCCCGACGUGGCCAAGCACGUCAAGCUGUACACCGGAUUCGGCCCGGUCGCCGAGGGCAGCCACGCCCGAUCCGCUGCCUUCCGCCUCCUGCUCCAGUCCAUCCCGGCGCAAAAGCUGGCCGGGGCCCCGCUGGGCGUGUACUGGUUCCUGCCGAGCACGCCCGAGCUGCGCGCGACCGGGCAGACCCUCUGUGCCGACAGCGCUCCGCUCACCCAGCCCCUGUGCUUGGCCAUCUUCGCCUCCCUGGGCGGCCGCAACGACAAGCAGACCAACACGACGCUGCUGCCGUACAUCCUUUCGCGGACCCCGGCCGGAACGUCGUUCAAAGUUUUGGACCACUAUAGACAGGGCCUCGUACCCGGCUUCCAUAAGUACGAUUACGGGACAAUCCAGAACCUGGCGCGUUACGGUCAGCUGACAGCGCCCAGCUACAACCUGAGCAACAUCUUCGUCCCCACCAGGCUAUACUACGGGCCGAAUGACCUGCUGGCAGGCCCGCAGGACGUCCUGUCGACGUGCGCCCAGCUUUCCAACGUGCUGAGCUGCGAGGCCGUGGACGAUCCGGAGUGGACGCACUUCGAUUUCGUCUGGGCGAAACAGGUGCCCGAACUCGUCUACAGCCAAGCCAUCGCCAGGAUGAAGGCGGCCGAGUCGUCAGCGUAACCGUCCGCCCUUGAAUGGAUGCAGAAUUUUCAUAUGUGCUACUGUCCGGUCCUGCGGAGGAACCUUUCACUGUUAAAAGCUUCCGGUGAUUUUCACUUUAAGCUACGGUAACCCCCUGCAGCACCGUAGCCUACGGUGAAUAUCACCGUAAGCUACGAUGAAUAGCACCGUAAGAUACGGUGCUGCAGGGGGUCACCGUAGCUUACAGUUAAAAUCACAGUAAGGUUUUAACAGUGUUUGUUAACUCAGCAAUAAAUUAAGGCCAUACGAG